AUGGCACACUUUGGGAGGGUGCCCUUCUCACACACUGGAUUCUGUGCAGGACAGCCUGGGCCCCAAGCAUCUCACCCAGAGUGCCAUUCUGGCUCUGAUGGAGACAUCCCUCUGGGAUUUGAUCGAAUAGUUGAUGAAGUCAGCCACGAAUUCUUUUUUUAUGGUUCAUCCCAUCCACAUCAUCAUGAAGAAAUAUUUUUCCCAGCAGACCUUUUCAGUCAGAAUGUGCCUGACCAGCAUCUUUACAGUCAUCCUCUGGUUGCUCAUGGAGAGCUUUACCCUGGAACUGCAAUCCCUCACUGGCAGCAAGGCACAGUGGCACCAAUGGUUGGCUUCAGACCUUCCUUACUGCCUGACUGCAGAAACUUUUCUGUGGUGGAUUCCCACCCCUACAGUCAUGAGAGAGAACUCCAUGGAAGGAAUAGUGUAAAUUCAGUUUCUAAUGUGGAAAGGGGCAACACAAAUCUGCAGUUUCAGAUAGGCUUUGACAAUCUGGAUGGUUCAAGUCCUGUUUUCUUAGGCAAUUAUCGAUUUGGACAAAAAGUGAGAGAAGAAAGUGGAAAUGGGGAAACUUCUGUAACCAACAUUUCCAGAAGAUGCAGCACAGGACCUACCCACCCCCAGGGCUCUGGACACAACAGAGAGGCUGCACCUUGGUCUAUCCAGCUGAUUGAAGCAGAUCAAGGAAGUAAUGAAAACACAGUUGGUUUCUGCAAUGCAGUGGAGAAACUCAGAAAUGCCUAUCCUGCUUUUGAUUUGAAGACAAAUACUGGGAAAAUCUGGAGUAUCACAACAAGCUUCCCAGAGCAUAUCCUUGGUGGAACAAAAUUCAGACUCAGCAUUUGGACAGAUUUUUCACCACAUCCUCUACUUCUUACACAACAUGCUGGCUGUAUCACUCACGACUUAAUUGUGGAGAUCCUCAGGUGCACAAAUCAAUACCCAGCCCGGGAGGAAUGCCUUCUGAGUGUUUGUGGGGCUGAUGAAUUCUUACAAAACAACUGUACUUUGGGAAGCCACGAAAGUCUCCGCAAGGCAAGCACCUGCAUUCAGCUCCGCCUGCACCACGCUGCUCAUCUGGAGCACAGCUUGGCUAGAACAUGUGGGGAUGACCAAAGAAGGUUCAGUGUGAAUGAGCUGUUAGAAGACACUUGUGCCUGGAGACUGAUCUGGCAGAACCUUAUCUCUGUUAUUAUCAACUAUGGAGGUCAAGUGGAAUAUCUGCUGCAAAAUGAGAAUAAUAUUGAUAAUGUGAUUGAGGCAGCUAAAGCCAUCUGCAGUGUCCUGUGUUCUGUGGAAACCAGGGACAUCACUGAUGCAGUCUGGAAACUCCAUGCUUUGGGGAGAGCACAGAAUUCUCUUCAAAGUGUGGAAACACCAGGCAAAGUGUUAGUAGAGGCUGCUGUGACUGAGCUCUCCAUGGCCAUCUCUCGUCUCAUCCAUGCCUACAGCAGCAGCUUUGAUGCCAAUUUCCAGCUUGCCAGCAUCCCUAGGAGCCCUUUAUGUGCAGACAUCAGCCUGAAUUCCCAGCUGAGCUUCACUGUUUGUGCUGCCCAUAACAUCCCAGAAGCCUGGGUGACCAGCUACAAAGUUUUCUCUUUUUCCUGUUUACUGACUUAUGCUGGGAAGACAAUAUGUCAAGUGAAGAUUUGCAAAAAUACUCCAGUUAAAAGAUCCUUCUUUUUCCUGGCUGACUGGAAUGAGAAGGUUAACUUCCCUUUACGAAUAAAGGCUCUUCCAAGGGAAACUAUGCUGACAGUAAAACUGCUGGGAGUAAACAGUGCCUCUAAAAAUACAGAAGUGCUUGCUUGGACAUGCUGCCCCUUGUAUGCAAAAGAGAGGCUGGUCCAUGGAACCGUGCUGCUCAGCCUGGCACCGUGCAGCACAGUCCCCACAGCAAUGAUCACCCCGGGCAUCUGCAGCACUGAGACACCAACCUCAGCCACCCUGCAGGUUGACUUCCCAGAAGCUGAUUUGGAGUUCAUUAAACCUGAACCUGAGGAAAGAAGAGGUGAUCUUGUAGAGCCAACCCAAGAGUGCCUGAAGCACAUUGCAAGACUUUCCCAGAGACAUUCUCUCUUGCUACUCUCAGAGCAGCAGAGAAGAAUCUUGUGGUUUUAUCGCUACUCCUGCAAUAACCAGAACUGCUCCCUUCCUCUGGUGCUGGGCAGUGCACCCAGCUGGGACAGAACCACUGUGUCAGAAAUGUAUGCCCUGCUGAGGGCUUGGAGGUUUUCUCACCCUCUGCAGGCUCUUGGGCUGCUGACUUUCAGUUUUCCAGAUCAAGAUAUUCGCAGGGCAGCAGUCCAACAACUAGAAAAUGUGUCAAAUGAUGAAUUGUUAGAAUACCUCCCACAGCUGGUUCAGGUGCUCAAGUUUGAGUGGAGUCUUGAAAGCCCUCUGGUGAAACUCCUGCUGAGUCGUUCUCUUCAGAGCAUCCAAGUAGCCCAUCAGCUUUACUGGCUGCUGAAGAAUGCACAGAAUGAAGUUCAUUUCAGAAUGUGGUAUAAGAAACUUCUGGCUGCUCUCCAAUUCUGUGCUGGACAGACCCUGAACAAUGAGUUUUCUAAGGAAGAAAAACUCAUCAGAAUUCUGGGAGACAUUGCCACAAAAGUGAAAGCUGCCACUGACCCAAAAAGAAAGGAGGUGUUGAAGGUGGAGCUCAGCAGACUGCAGCAGUUCUUCCAGGAGGUGAAGCUCUGCCGGCUGCCCCUGAACCCUGCGCUGGUUGUGCAAGGCAUAGAGGCAGAUUCAUGUUCUUAUUUUACAUCCAAUGCCUUUCCCUUAAAAAUCUCCUUCAUCAAUGCGAAUGCUCCAAGUGGAAACAUCAAUGUGAUUUUUAAGAUAGGUGAUGAUCUACGUCAAGAUAUGUUGGUUCUGCAAAUUAUUCACCUGAUGGACAGCAUUUGGCUCCAAGAAGGACUGGAUAUGCAAAUGAUCAUUUACAGGUGUUUAUCUACAGGGAAAGGACAAGGGCUGGUGCACAUGGUGCCAGAUGCUACCACCCUAGCGAAGAUCCACAGGGAGUCUGGGCUGAUAGGACCACUGAAAGAAAACACAAUUAAAAAAUGGUUUCACCAUCACCAUCCUCUGCAAUCAAGUUACCAAGAGGCCAUAAGGAAUUUCUUUUAUUCCUGUGCUGGCUGGUGUGUUGUUACCUUCAUCCUGGGAGUCUGUGAUCGACACAGUGACAACAUCAUGCUGACAAAAGCUGGACACAUGUUCCACAUAGAUUUUGGAAGAUUUUUGGGUCAUGCACAGAUGUUUGGAAGCAUCAGAAGGGACAGAGCUCCCUUCAUCUUCACCUCAGAGAUGGAGUAUUUCAUAACAGAGGGGGGCAAAAACCCACAGCGUUUCCAGGAGUUUGUGGAGCUUUGUUGUCGAGCUUAUAACAUUGUCAGGAAACACAGCCAGCUGCUCCUGAACCUGCUGGAGAUGAUGCUGCACGCAGGAUUGCCUGAGCUGAAGAGCAUCCAGGAUGUGAAAUAUGUGUAUGAUAACCUCCGUCCUCAGGACUCAGAUCUCCAGGCUACAAGCUACUUUACAAGGAAAAUAAGGGAAAGUUUGGAGUGCUUUCCUGUUAAACUCAACAACUUGAUCCACACGCUGGUGCAGAUGUCAGUGGGGAGUUCUGCAAAACCUCCAGCUCCAGAGAGUGUCCCCCAGGAAUGGAUGGUGCUGGACACAGAGAGGUCAAUUGCAAGGGCCUCCAUUCUGGGAUUCAGCAGAAAGCCUGACCCUAUAUACCUCAUCCAGGUGGUGCAGACCUGCAACGUGGUCACCUUCGUGGAAAAAUCAUUCCACCAGUUCUCAACACUUCACAGCCAUCUCCAGAUGCAAUUCCCAUCUCAUGCCCUCCCAGAGUUUCCCCACUCAUGGCAUUUACCUUUUAUGGAUCUUGAGCACAAGAGAAUGAAGGAUUUGAACCUCUAUCUGAAGCAGCUAUUAAGUGGCUCCAGGAAAGUGGCUAAUAAUGAGCUUGUACUCAGCUUCUUCCUCAACUGGUCCAAAAAUACCUCGGCAGAACACUCAUCAUCUCUGACCUUAGGUCCUCAGUCAGCUGGUGAGAAGCCUGGAGUACAACUGGUCAUGUCCUAUGAAAACACCUGCCUGACAAUAAUGCUGAAACACAUGAGGAACCUCCACCUCCCAGAUGGCUCUGCCCCAAGUGCACACGCUGAAUUUUAUCUUCUGCCAGACCCUGGUGAGGUCAGUCGAAGGAAAACAAGGACAGCUCCAAAAGGCUCUGACCCGACUUACAAUGAACUUAUUGUCUAUGACAGAGUCCCAGAGCUCCAAGGCCGUGUCCUGAAGCUUGUGGUGAAAAGCAAAGGAACAUUUGUGGGAGCUGUUAACAUUCAACUGAGCAAUGUCCAGUUCAAUGAAGAAAAGUGGUACCCACUGGGAAACAGUAUAAUUUAAAUGUUCUCCAAGAUGAUUCAAUUAUUUGCCCACUAAUGUUUCUUUAUCCCAUUUCCCAGGUUACAUUUUGUCUCAGUUGCCCUUGAGAAUAGGCAGUCAUCUCCUGAGCACAUAUCCUAACAUUUCUAACCAUUGGCCUCUUGUCUUAAAAGUGCCACAGAUUCCUGCCACAGAUUCCUGCCAGUGUGGGUUUAAGGAAUCACAUCCUAAGGACUUGUAGCAACAUGCAGGAAGUUCUUACGACAGCAAUGAAGGGCUUGGUUUUGUUAAUAUUAAAUAGUACUGUAAAAAUACUGAAUUCUGUACACAUCAGUGUGUGGGGGCUCAUUCUUUGCCCAUUAAUUCCACUGACUGUGU